AUGGGUAAAGGUAAUCCACAGAAAUCAGGAACCAGCGGCGACCUUCACGCGGCGGCAAGGUCCGGCGAUCUCAUAUCAGUUCAGUCAAUUUUGAUUUCAAAUCCUUUGUCCGUCAAUUCCAGAGAUAAGCAUUCCAGAACACCACUACAUUUAGCAGCAUUUUCUGGGCAAACUGAGGUAGUCAAUUACCUAUGCAAGAACAAGGCUGAUGUUGGUGCUUCUGCUAUGGAUGACAUGGCCGCAAUACACUUUGCGGCACAGAAGGGUCAUUUAGAAGUUGUUCGGGCUCUGGUUUCAGCUGGUGCCUCUUUCAAAGCUGCUACUCGAAAAGGUAUGACUCCAUUACACUUUGCUGCUCAAGGUUCCCAUCUGGAACUUGUCAAGUAUUUGGCUAAGAAAGGGGCGAGUCUUGGUGUUAAGACAAAGGCGGGAAAGACUCCGUUGGAUGUUGCUACCAAUGAUGAAGUCCGCACGUUUCUGGAGGGGUUUGUGAAAUCAGAUAAGAAUGGCGAAUCGGGAAAUGGAGAUAAAGCCAAAGAAUCUGAUCGAAAAGAAGGUGAAGAAUCUGAAUCCAAUCCAAAUGCAGCUGAAGAAUCUGAUCCAAAAGAAAAGGAAGAACCCAAAGGUGAUGAACCUCGUACAGCUGCUGUUGAUGAAGAAGACGGAGAGAGAGGGAAGAGGAAGGUUGAUGAAAAUGAUGCAACAGACGACUCGUCAAAAUCAAAAAAGGCAAGAGUUAAGUUAAGCCACCUUCAAAGCUCAGAUGAUGCCGAAGAAGAAAGCUGA